UGCAAAUCUGUUUACGGAAGUUGUUGAGGAAAACCCGUGUUAACUAGAUUUUUAUAUUUAUUAACAGUUUUAUUUCAAUAUUUCCGUUUAAUUUCAAUUAUAUGUUUCAUGAGGUAACACUGCUGGUGUUUGGCGAGGGGUAGCUUCAUUUAAACAUAAUAUUUCAAUGGAUAUCGAGGUCGAUAUAAUUGAGUUCAAAGUUCCUGUCGAAAACAACAAAACCAUUUUUAUUUGGGACAUUCAGCCGAUAUUUUCAGAGGCGUAUAUUUUUGAGUCCCUGUGGAAAGUGUAUUCAGCAUUUGGAGCUCUCUAUCUGGUGAAGGUUUGUCCCAAUGCCACAGUAGCUGAACCGGGCUUCUACGCACUGGUGAAGUUUUACUCAGCAAUUCAAGCGUCCAAAGCUCAGCGGGCCACUGAUAAACAAUGUCUUUUUCAAAACUCGCCUGUAAAGGUCAGACUGAGCACAAAACAAAAUCUCGCCUUUUAUACAUCUAAACCUCUGAGUCUUUCCAAAUGUCUGGACCUGGCCCAUCACUAUCUGGGCUUUAGUGGAUGGUCUACUCGCAUUAUAACUUUGAAGGAUCUCUCAAGUUGUGUGGAUGCUGGGUGUCCAGAAGAAAGAGACAGCCAGGGUGUGCUUUUGAAAUAUGGCUGCGUAGUAGAGUUGAGUCUUAAACAGCAUGAAGUGAGCUGUCGCGGGGUUGGUGUGGCAGAAGAGAUCAUCGACAGUGAUCGGGACCCAGAGGAAAAGCUGAGAAAAAGAGGUACACUGAUGAAGCGAGCCAAAGACAAAGCUGUAGUGGGUGCCUUUGAAAAAGUGCUUCUCAUGGUCCUGGGAAAUGGAAAAAUAGCAAUUGAAUGCAAGUUUGAUCCAGAUGAGAUUCUUCCAGAGGAAAAUUCUGAAGGAGUCAUAAAGGUUAAUGACAUCCCUUGGAAUGAGUUAGAUGGUGCUGACAGUAAUACUGAAGAGGACUUCCCAUGGGACCUCACUGUGGAUGUCCCUCAGUGACACCUGCCUUUAGACCAGCUUUGCCUAUCCACAAGCAGCCAAUAUUUUCCAGAUAAGUGACAACCAAAAUAAAAAAGUUCCCCAUUUUGAACGAGAAAUUAGGUUUUGAGGGUUUGCCUUUGAUGGAGGGAAAUAUGCUGUAAAAAGCUUAGGUACUUUUGUGUAAAAAUGAAUGCUUUGCAAACAAUUCAGCGAAAACAGUGUUACAGUUUAACAAACAGUAUUUGUUCUACAAUGUGCUUAAGUGUCUGCUUCAUAUUUGACCAAAAUAACAAAGUAUGUUUUUAUAUAUAAGUUCCAGAGCUUUUGUGGCUGUGGUCUGAUUUAAGGCCGCAAGACAUGGCCAAAACUAAAACCCACUUAUAGAAACUAGAAUCCUGACAGCAGGAAUACAAGAGAAAACCUCAGAUUAUCAAAAAACGUGCAAACAUUUAAAAGUGACCGUAAUGUCACUGUGUUUCAAGCAAACUUUGUGGUUAACCUCAUGAUCUCAGUUCAACUGGCUGCACAUUUCACUUCUUUAUUUUCAUAAAAACACUUUUUGUUUUUUUGUGUGGCUGAUAUGUUGCAAUAAACUCAAGACACACCAUUGGUUUGAAUGUCAAGCCAGGUAUCAAUAAUAACUUAUAUUAAGUAACAUUAGCAUUGCCAACUUUGUUGGGCAUAUCAGUUGCAUAAUUAAAAAAUAUUUUUGUUUGUUUAAUGUUAUGGGUUAUAAUGUGUAAAAUAAAAUGUUUAAUGGGAGUAUACUGUAUUCUAACAGCGUGUGCCUCUUUCUCUCUCUCUCUGUUCAUCAUUUUGUAUUUUGUUGGCAGCUUUUUGUUGUAGAAGAUAUUUUGUUAUGUGUACGGACAGGGCUUACGUCUAGUCCAAGACUAAACUGCAUGUUUGAGCUGCCUUAAUUUCAAAGCAACUUGCUCUCACAUAUCUUAAAAUGUAUCUGUGACAUUGUUUUGUCUCGAGAUGCACACCAGUAAUGUUUUUUGUAAUGUCCUAAUAUAACUAAGGCCUAGUCCUCGAUUCAUCUAAACCAUGUCUGUGAAACUGAUCCAUACUUUUUCACUCCUGAAAAGUUGUGAAAUUGUUACAAAUUAGUUCUUUCUAGUUCUGCUCAUUUCUAAAAUAUUUAAUUGUGGAUCUAAGGAACCCUGUACCCUUUGCCAUCAGGUCAAAAAGUUUUUGAACACUAGGUGGCAGUGUUUCAUGCACCUAAAUUUGCACUUUGUUGCAUAGCAGCUUUACUAAGAAUUGAGCACCUUACUGCCAGCCACGAGCAACAGUGGCAAAAAACUCCCUAAGAUGAUGGUGGGAAAGUAAAGGAGAAACUUGACAAGAAACCAAAAUUUUGUUGGGGGAGCUCUUCUACCCAAGACAUGUACACCAACCUAAACAAAUACUCAUGCUCAUUUGGCAUGUA